GUCUUUCUUUGAAGAAAAGGUGAACAGUGCAUCUUUUACCAGAGCUCCAUCCCUGAAUGGCAGAUAGAGAUGGGGCCCAUCCAUGUGAUGAUGUGGAUCAAUAUUGGUGUCUGCCUUCCUUUGACCAUACUGGUCAUCUGCUGUUUGUGUUGUGUGGUGCGACGGGAUCAGGUCCCUGUCAUCUAUUACACAAACCUCCUGAUCUCCAACCUAAUCCAGAUGUGCACUAUCAUCAUUAUCGUGGCAAAACCAGAUGAUCAUGAAACCUACAUGAUGUCUUUUGUUAUUUACUAUUUCGGUGUCCAGGCCAGUCUUUACUUCAAGUUGUGCAUUGCUCUGGAAAGGUGUUUUUUCAUCACCCGCCCACUGAUGGACUUUAUGAGGCAAACCAGGAGUUCUGUGCUGGUCUGCAUUCUGGUCUGGGCCCUUUGUGUUGUCAGUGUACCUGUGGCCAUAGUCUUGCGUUAUUUUCUACGAGUCCUUAUUUUGAUCCUAGUCCCUGCCUUUCUGUUCAUCAUCUGUUUUGCUGCGACCCUCAAAGCCCUGCAUGCUGCCUCCACAGUGAGCACCGAGGAAAAGCGAAGAAUUGUAGGAACUUUGGUUCUGUUGCAGCUUAGUUACUUUCUGAUGAUCCUACCUGCAAUUACUGAGUUAACUUUUGAAUUUCACCCACAUGACACUGUCAGAGAUGUUGUUUUCAUCUUGUUUCUACUCAGUCCUUUUAUGGACCUGAUUUUGUUUUUUCUCAUGCAGAAAAUGCCCACUGACAAGCGGCUGGCUGGUUUGUGCUGCUGCAGUAGGUGUAGCAGCAGCUCAUCAUUGUGAGGAUAAAGCAAACGGCUGUUGUACUACAGAUUUAAGCAGCAAAAACUAUUUUAUUUUAUAUGCUCGAACAUGCAGAAAAUAGGUUUAAAUGUUAAACAAAUGUCUUCCAGUCAGAGAAUGUUGCAUAUAAUUUAAUUUUUGCUUGAUGCGUAAAGUUAAAAGAUUAAAAAUAAUAAAACUAGUUUUAAAAAGAGACUUUUUCAUUUGAUUACAUUUUAUAUGAUGGAUUAUUCAGAGAAACUAGAAUUGGUCUGAAAAAUCUAUCGCUUUAUCACCUAUUCAGGUUGUAAAUCAUGUUUUUCAAAAGUAACUAAGUAACUAAUUACUUUUGAAAAUAAGUAAUCAGUAAAGUAACAGGAUUAAUUUUUGGGGGAAGUAAUAAGUAGUUAGUUACUGAUUACUUUUUUCAACUACCUUGACCAACACUGGUCUUGUGUUGCCAUCUGCAACACUUGACCACUGAUGGACUUUAUGAGGAAAACCAGGAGUUCUGUGCUGGUCUGAGUCUGAGUUAACGUUUGAAUUUCACCCACAUGACACUGUCAGAGAUGUUGUUUUUAUCUUGUUUCUAUUCAGUCCUUUUAUUACGGAGCCCCGCAGGGGACAUGGGAGAAAAA